AUGGUCUCUGAUACCGACCUCAAAUAUCUACGUCGCUGCGUGGAGUUGGCUCGCGAGGCUCUCGAAGCAGGCGAUGCUCCAUUCGGCUCAGUGCUAGUCGAUGUCUCCGGAGAGAUAAUUCAAGAGGACCGCAACAGAACAGUGACUGACGGAGAUGUCACUUUGCACCCUGAGUUCACACUGGCUAAGUGGGCCCAAGCAAACCUGACUCCAGAUGAACGCACCACUGCCACAGUGUAUACCUCGGGCGAGCAUUGUCCGAUGUGUGCUGCCGCCCAUGCAAAUGUGGGGUUAGGCCGAAUUGUCUACGCUAGUUCUACUGCUCAGCUUGUGAAAUGGAAAUUGGAUCUGGGCAUCGAGGCUGGGCUCGUUGCUGCCUUGCCUAUCAACGAUGUUGCGCCGGGUAUCCCUGUGGAAGGGCCGGCUCCCGGUCUGGAUGAGGAGGUUCGUGAGCUGCAUCGGAUUCAGAAAACUAAAGAAGAAGCGCAUAGAUGA